CCGACGCUCAGAGCGUCAAAGUCGAUGGUUUUGCUCUCGUAAGCUCCUUCCACGCUGCAGAACAGUCCGCCGUGCUUCUGCCGCGCUGCUUGGUCUGCGGUUCCCGAGCGCGCGAGCAGGCUUGCACCAUCCUCGUGAGAGAUCAGCAGCCAGAAAACAACACAUUAAACCAGCUUGAGGCACUGCUAAGACAAAGACCACAGUGAAAGAAGAGCUGGUAAAGGUCACCCUAGCACAGGGACAGGACAGAUAAACUGUGUUUGUAAUGUGACAGACCAAUGACCAAAGUUGGAGACCCCAAUGUGAUGAGGAUCAAUCAGACACAACGUAGUAAAACAGCCUCUGUACAAACCCUGUGUGAUGAGGCAACCAUCUACAACACGCUCCUUCAGGAAGUGGUCUAAGGAGGCGGAGGAGACCCUGAGGGACUGCUUUGCAUCCACAGACUGGAGUGUGCUGCAUGACUCUCACAGCAAGGACAUUGAGGGGGUAACAGACUGCACAACUGACUAUCUGAACUUUUGCAUGGACACUGUGGUUCCUGUAAGAACUGUUCGCUGCUUUCCUAAUAACAAGCCCUGGAUUACAAGUGACGUAAAGGACCUCUUAAACAAAAAGAAGAGGGCCUUUAAAGACAAGAACCAGGAGGAGCUGAGGAACGUUCAGCGGGAACUCAAGUCCUGCUUAAAGGAGGCUAAGGAGACCUACAGAAAGAAGGUUGAGCAGAAGUUACACAACAACAACAUGAAGGAGGUCUGGGACAGUAUGAGGACAAUCACAGGAUGCAAGCCAAGGAGUGACAGUGUAACAGCUGGAGGUGUGGAGAGAGCGAACGAGCUCAAUCUCUUCUAUAACCGGUUUGAUUGUCCUGUUUCAUCCUCAUCUGCUUCUGUCUGCCCUGCCAUCACAGCAACCUCAGCCUCUGCCUUCUCAGUGCUGCACAGAUCUCCCCACCACAGACUGUCAGCACACACAGUCCACCCCCCCCACUUCUCUGCAGACCAGGUCACAGGGGUGCUGAGGAGACUCCGCUCUAGGAAGACAGCUGGACCUGACAAGAUGAGCCCGAGACUUCUUAAGGCUUGCGCCUCUGAACUUGAGUUACCCUUGUCGAACAUCUUCAACAUGAGCCUGCAGCUGGGGAGGGUUCCCACGCUGUGGAAAACCUCAUGCCUGGUCCCUGUCCCCAAGAAACCUCACCCCAGUGAGCUCAACGACUACAGGCCAGUUGCGUUGACGUCCCACAUUAUGAAGACCAUGGAGCGACUGCUUAUCCCUCUUCUCAGACCCCAGGUACAGCAUGCACUGGACCCUCUCCAGUUCGCCUAUAGGGAGAGGAUUGGUGUCAAGGACGCCAUCACCUACCUCCUCCACUGAACCUACUCUCAUCUGGACAAGGGGAAUAGCGCUGUGAGAAUCAUGUUUUUUGAUUUCUCCAGUGCUUUUAAUACCAUCCAGCCCCCACUUCUCAGAGACAAGCUGAUGAAGAUGCAGGUGGAUCCUCACCUGGUGCAGUGGAUCACAGACUAUCUCACCUGCAGACCACAGUACGUGAGGCUGACUGACGGUACAUCUGAGACUGUUGUCAGCAGCACUGGAGCACCACAGGGGACUGUGCUCUCCCCCUUCCUCUUCACUCUCUACACAUCAGACUUCCAGUACAACUCUGAGAUGUGCCAUCUGCAGAAAUUCUCGGAUUACACUGCCAUCGUUGGAUGUGUCAAGGGUGGUCAGGAGGAGGAGUACAGGAGACAGGUGGAGGAAUUUGUUGCUUGGUGUCGACUGAAUCAACUGCAGUUGAACAUAUCCAAGACCAAGGAGUUGGUGGUGGACUUUCGUAGGUCUGGACUACCCCUGCAGCCAGUCUCCAUUGAGGGGGUUGAUGUGGAGACGGUCAAGACCUACAAGUACCUUGGUCUGCAUCUGGACAACAAACUGGACUGGUCAACAAACACGGACACCCUGUACAGGAAAGGACAGAGUCGGCUCUAUUUCCUGAGGAGACUGCAGUCCUUUAACAUCUGUAAGAAGCUUCUGCAGAUGUUCUACCGGGGCAGUGGUGGGAGUGGAGCUGGACUCUCUGGUAACAAUAGCAGAUAGGAGGACUUAUAGGAUAUAAUAGGAUAGGAUAAACUGCUUUCUAUCAUGAACAAUGAUAGUCACCCACUUUACACCAUCAUCAUGAAGCAGAGGAGUGUGUUCAGUGGCAGACUGCUGUCACAGAGCUGCACAACGGACAGACUCAGAAGAUCAUUCAUUCCGAGAGCCAUCAGACUCUUCAAUUCCUCCCAUCGGGGACGGGAGGCUGCUGCUGACUGAGUCUAACCCAGUCACACUACAUGGACAUUAUUCAACUACUCAACCGCUUAAUUAUUUAUUCACAAUUACACUUCCCCAACCUCUCUUACACUCAAGUACAUUUACUCAUGGUGUGGCAUUCAUAUAUUCACAUAUUCACUUUACAGAACUAUGUUUUUACAUGUACAUAUUAAUAAUUCUAUGGCACAUCAGUCACUUUUAUAACCAAUGUCGUUUGCACCUUGCACUUUGCUCUGUGAAUUUAUUUAUUGGCUGUUAGAAAAAUCUACUGCACUCCUCCAUCUACAGAUAGUUCUUUACCGUGUACAGAAAGUUCUU